CACGCCACUGCGCUUGCGCCGACUCACGCGCGCAGCACGCGACCUCUAUAAAGCGAGCAGGCGCGCCAACCUUGUGCCGCACAACGGGCCGUCGCCAUGUGCAGGGGCAGCGUGCAGCAGUGCUGGCAGCGGCAGCGGCGCAGCGCCGGCGUCGACGCGGCUCUGCUGCUGCGAGCGGCGGCCGCCGCCGUCAGGCAGCCAAUGAAAUCUCUGCUACCUCGGCCCCUGGCGACCUCUGCCCGCGUGAACCUGAACCUUCACUGGGACGACCUGGAGCAGGUGAUGGGGGCCGGCGAUGGCGCCGUCACCGACAACCUGCACAGUGAGUGGCUGGAGGAACAGAUGAAGGUCGACGCUGUCAGCCCAACCCACGACCUGUCUCCAGAGGCACAGAACAACUAACAAUGUGAUCACUUGUAUAGAAACAUGCAGCAGUGCUAUGCUGGUGUGCGACUUUGUGUCUAAAUGUUGAGCACUUUUCUGUGCUUUUCAUUACUGAUAUGUUCUUUACUUCUUAAGACUACUCGAAUCCAGUUCAAACUGAUUAAUCUUUAGGCUGCUGCAAAAGUAGCCAGACAAUAACAGAACGUUUCGAACGGAUUUCAAAAUGUUACAGUUUUAUUCUUCUGAUUACUAAAUUCAGCCGUGCAGCAAUUCCAUUUCUACUAAUAUCUCGGUCGCGUAUCUUACGAUUAAGAUUUCCUUCAGAUUUUCGUGUCUAUUUUAGUUAGUUCACUGUCGAGAGCAUAAACUAAAUGAAAUCUACUGAGAUGAAAUCUCAUCCCCUUUACCAGAGCAUGUUAAGUUACACUAAUAUUCGACAAGCUAAAAAGAUUGUCGACGAUAAUUGUGCGCAGUUUAACAUCUGUAACAUUAAAAUCAAGUGUAGUGCUAGAAUUUUCUAAGCAGUGAAGCUAAUGUUUGCUCUUGUGCAACGUUGCGCCACAUUCAUUUGCAAUAUUUCCACAUCAUCUCGAAGAUUUAACAAUCUAAGAUGGUUCCUUUGUAAAGGACGCACACAAGUAUUUCUCCAUCAUUUCCUAAUCCGAGAUCGCACCUAAUCUCUGACGACGUCAACAUUCCGACGCUAAUCUUCAUUCCUUCGUUUCCUACAUUUAAAGCGAUGGUGCAUUCAAGCAAAAUAAACCACACGCUCGUAGAGCGAAGAUUGUCCAAAUGGGUCUGAUGAGUGUCAACUUAGAGACCCAGGUCAGUACUGUCUGCAGGUUUUAGUGUUGACACUGUCGUGAAAAUAAAUGAUAUAGGAUGUAUUACUGUUCUUUGUAAUGUGUUAGACAUCAUAACUGAGUACCUGAUUAUUUUAUUGUAGUUAAGGUUUUCUAAUCUCUGAUCGGAAUGUUAAUUUAGUUGUAGUUUUACCACAGUCUUUCAUUUGUUGCUUAUGGUUGUGUCUCGAGCUGGUAAAAAUAAAUUUGCUUUGUGACUGACGAACCAUGAGGUGUCUGUGAUAUAGUACUUGCUUAAGUGCCUACUUGUAAUUUUAAAUGUAUUCUUUAACGAUAUCUAGUAGCUCAAUAUUGAAAGUCGCAUUUCUUAGCUUGCUUUAGUUGUAUUUGCAGGUGAAAUGACUGAAACAGUCAGUAACUAAAUGAGUUUAAAGUAUCAAUUAGUGAAACAACCAUUUUUCUCAGUAUGAAUAUUAGAGAUCAGGCUCUAAAAAUAAAAAUAAAUUACUUUGUAUUCUGGAAUUAAUAUUUCUGUUACAUCGCAGAAAAGUUAUUCUCUGAGUUGUUGUUUGGUGUGUAACGGAUUAAUUUUAGAGUGUUUAAAAACGAUACAUAAAACAAUCCAACUGAAGUUUGUAAUAUUCAACAAUUGUUUUACAUAGUUUCACUAGUGUUAAAAUUUUUGUGAAUGAUGAAACUUUACUACUACUAUAUUUUGAAACUAUAUUUAUACUCAGAAGUGCUGGUUUUAAGUUGACUGUGAUAUUUUAUGAUACCCGCAGGUUAUUGCCAUCAAAACUGCAUAAAGAAAACUGUGAGACAGUUUAUAUAACAUGCUGAAACGUAACUUGAUAUCAGUGUAUAAUUCAAGAAAUCGUUGUCAGCAAUGUCCUGAUGAUAGUCAUCUUGGUAUUGAAGCUCUUUUUUCCGUGUUUGCUUUAACAAAAACAUAUAUAAUGUCCUGAUGGCUUUGCAUCUGCAAUUCAAAUACUUGAAUGAACUGCAACACAGGCAAUGGCCAGUUAAUUAUAUGUAUUAUUUCCAGUAAUAUUCUGUUCAGCCACGUUGGCUGGAUUUUUUCAUUGUGACUGUGUGAUAUCUGUUAAAUUAUUAUGUAAGAAUUCGUCUUCCAAAGACUUAGAAAUGGAUGUGUUCCAAGAACUUGAUUCUAUUUGAUAAUUUCAUGCACAUAAUCUUGCUGUUGCCUGUGUGGAUAUUUCUCUGCUUACCCUUUUGCCCUUUGGCCCACUGAAAUCUUUCUUCCUCUUCCAGAAUAAUACAGUUAUAUUCAUAGUUGAAGUUAGUAGGGUAUCUUUAAUAGUAAACAUAAAAUUUAAGUAUCAUACUGCUUUCAUAAAUAUUCCAUUGUGGAGAGAUGGUAAAUAUAGAUGACUUACUAUGGGUAUAGUCUGAAGCCUUCAUUUGUAGUUGAAUGAUCUGAAGAUAAUUUCCUUCAUCUUUCUGGUUUCCUGUGAGAGACAUUAUCGAGGCUGAAGAAUUUGUAUUCACUAAAAAGAGUUUCUUAGUUUUAUACUUCAUUAUAAGGAGACUCAUAUUUUAGUAUGUAUCUCAGUGUUUAUGUCUUGGCACAACAGACUGCAGCUAACCGUUCUGCCAUGUGCUAUGUUGUUAUAAAUGUUUAAAUUGUGUAUUCUGAUGAGCUUUAAAAUGCUACAAUGACAAAUAAAAAAUAGUGUACAGCUCAAAAUAAAGUUUAUUAAGAAAUA